UGUGUGUGUUUGCCCUCCUCUUUCCAGACAGGAGGUGAGGACAUCCCCCUCUAACACUGCCAACAGAGAGAGAGAGAAAGGGAGAGAAAGAGAGAGAAAGAGGAGAGGAGAGACCGAGAGAGCGAAACCCCAUAAUGCACUGCACGCUGCAGGGCUGAAGUCGUGCAGAUUCAUCAGUUCCUGUUUGAGGGGUUGUGUGCGUGUGCGAACGUGGAGCGAGCACAGGAGAAAACACACACACAAACACACACACACACACCGAGAGAGAGAGAGAGAGAACCAAGCAGAGAGAAGUGCCUUCAUGUGCUGACCCCCCUGGCCGUCUGGCUCCUCUGAGGGUGCCCGUGCCUGCCCAAGUCCACCGGAGCCGCUGGGGCCAUACCGAAAGCACCAGGGCUGCCAUGACUGCCAGCUCCAUCCGCUAAGGCCGUCUCUGUGCAAACGACGCCUCACCCCCACCCCCGUAUCCUGCUCUCUCCACCAUCCAUGCCAUUCAAGCCUCCUCUGUGAAGGCCCAGCUCCCUCUCACCCCGCACCUUCUCAGCAGACAAAUAUUGAAGGCAAACAGCUUUUAUCGGCUCCUGCUAGCUGAAGAAGGUUGUUUCACUGCUGUUGUCUCCGCUGACUCUCCUCUCCUCCAGCUGCUUCCCUCCCUCAUCUGCUGGCCCCUGCGUUCUGUCAUCAUGGGCCAGGCCUAAUCGAUACCGCGUUGUGCCGUUCAUCUUGUCUGACGGUUCAGCUGACAACUGAGCAAAUUGAGAGAACUGGGGUUGUGUGUGCACACGUGUGCGUUAAGAGAGGGGUUACAAGACAAAGCUGUAUGGUCAUCGGCGACACAAGCCCUGGUUGACAAGCUCUGAAGGACUCCAGUUUAAGCCACAAACAGACUCCUGGGAUGCAACCCAGGUGUUAGGAGAGCCCCCCCAACAGGCUUCUUUCAUAUCACAACCUUGGAGCACAACCUCUGAAGCUGUGUUUUUUUGUUGUUUUUGUUUUGGUUUUUUUGUUUUCUCAUGUUCUCAACCUAUCCCUUCUCAUCGUUUGCCCCGGUUUUACCAGAGAACAGCAAGCUUGCUGGACAGCUAGCUCCCCCCGAUCGACACCUUCCUGUUUCAGUUUGAAAUGGCGGUGAAUGUGACACCGAUCCGGGACACGAAGUGGCUGACGCUGGAGGUGUGUCGGGAAUUUCAGAGAGGAACAUGUUCGCGGCCGGACAACGAGUGCAAGUUCGCCCACCCUGCCAAGAGCUGUCAGGUGGAAAACGGCAGAGUCAUUGCCUGUUUUGACUCACUCAAGCCCAUGUUUUCAGUCACACCCAGCCUUGCAACGAACGCCAACGCCGCCGCCGCAGCAGCAGCAGCCGCUGCGUUUAACCCCUACCUUGGACCCGUGUCACCCGGCUUGAUGCCUGCCGACAUCUUGCCAAGCGCGCCCGUACUGGUCACCAGCAACCCCAGCGUUCCAGUACCUGCUGCCGCCGCCGCCGCCGCUGCACAGAAGCUCAUGAGGACAGACAGACUGGAGGUUUGCCGGGAAUACCAGCGAGGCAACUGCACUCGAGGGGAGAACGACUGCCGCUUCGCCCAUCCGUCAGACAGCACUAUGAUUGACACAAACGACAACACAGUCACUGUGUGCAUGGACUACAUAAAGGGCCGCUGCUCGAGGGAGAAGUGCAAGUACUUUCACCCCCCGGCUCACCUGCAGGCCAAAAUCAAAGCCGCCCAGCACCAAGUCAACCAGGCCGCGGCCGCUGCAGCCUUGACUCAGUCGGCUGUCAAAUCGCUGAAGCGACCCCUCGACGCAGCUUUUGACCUGGGGCUCCCUCCCGUCUUGCCUCCUUUACCAAAGAGACCUGCACUUGAAAAAGCCAACGGUGCCAACACUAUGUUCAAUGCUGGCGUUUUCCAGUACCAACAGGCCCUGGCCAACAUGCAGUUUCAGCAGCAGACUGCCUUCAUACCAUCAGGCUCGAUUUUGUGCAUGACACCUGCAACAAGUGUUGUACCCAUGAUGCACGGUGCUUCUCCAGCCACUGUGUCUGCAGCCACCACACCUGCCACAAGUGUUCCCUUUGCAACAGCAACAGCCAACCAGAUUCCAAUAAUAUCUGCGGACCAUCUGACUAGUCACAAGUAUGUGACCCAGAUGUAGGAGUCUCUGUCAGAACAAUGGAACUGGAGGUGGAGCGUGCUGGUGUCAAGUCCAAGAUUAACGGUCAACCUUCAUACAAGUAACAGCGAGAGGCGAGCCGGUUUGGAAUAACAUCUGCAUGUUAGCACAGAAGGAGCAACUCGCUAGAGAGGUUCUCAUGUGAAGUUCAUGCACAGUUUUACACGACGACAGACAAAAACAACAACAACAAAAAAAAAAAAACGGAAGAAGAAUUAGAAGAGCGUCAUUUGUAUUUCAAGACUUGCCUCUCGUUUUGCAGAGGCGACUAACCUUUAUUCACCAGACACAUUUUGAAUGUCGACACGAGGUUCACGUGGGGUUGGGGGAGCAGUCAUCGGGACUGAAUCGGUACGUCCGCUGACCAAGAAACACGUCUUGCGUUGUCUUGUUUGUUUAUCGGUUGUUGGUUUUUCGAAUGUCAAUGUGUUCAUUUGUUUACACCAAGGUGAACCUUGUAUCUCAGUUAAAGGUAAAGGAACAGAUAAUCUGACUGAACCACAUAUGCAUGCACAACGAUUUUCUUUAUUUUUUAAUUUUUUUCUGUUCUUAUAUGGUUUUGUUCUUCUAACAGUGAUGAGGGAAUUUGCCUGAGCAAGAAACCAACUGAAUGUCUGUGAUGUGUCUUGCAAACCUUUGUAGCCUACCUUUUUAUCUCUCAAGCACACGUCUUUAACCUUGCAGGAGUCCCUGUAAAGUGCCAUGCAUCUCAAAAUACACAGGAAUUGUACUCAAGCAGUGUUACAAAGUUUUAAACUCUACAAUUCCCUUUAAUUCAUACGUGUCUGUUUUAGGGUUUUGCGUUUUUUCAGGACAGCAUGUUGCGUCCAGCCACAUGACUUGUCGUUACCUGUAAUUCCCGCUAAGCGCCACUGAUUAUUGCACCCCAAAUAUUCUACUGAUUUGAAACCUUUUUACAUUUUUUUUUGUUUUUACUAUAUUCUUUAAUAUCUGUCAGCUGUUUAGAAACGCGAUGGUUGGACCUGCAACCACAACGAUCUGUCUUUCUGUGCCAGCAUGUGCUUUGCAAAAGUAUUCAUACCACCUUUUUCACGUUUUUUCACUCUGCAACUACAAACUUAAAUGCUCUUCUUUGUUCUUCUUUUGUGACAGACCAACACAAUGUAGCGCAUCAUUUGUUUUUCUCUAAUGAUCUACUUUGUAGCACUACAUUUUGCUGCGAGGAGAGCUGCAGUUGUUUUGUUGCACAUCUAAAGACUGAAACCUUUUGCCAAUUCUUAGCUCUAAAAUGGCACAACUGUGAAAUAACCUCAUGUUCUCAGUUAGAUUUAGAUGUAAGGCAUCGAAACGUAAGAAUUGAGUCGUUCUCCUGGUUUCCUAUUUUUAUUUUCAUCCAUUUUCUCAUGACCUUCCUGUUCCGCUAGAGAAAAGCCUCCCCCCCCUAAGUGCCGCCUGCAUCAUCGUCUCAUCGUUGCGACGGCGUGCUCAGGGUUGUACGAAGUGUUGGGAGUUCUGCCACAAACGCUUCAUACAACAUUUUGCAAGCAGGCGACUUUCCGAAAGCCGCCGGAGAAACCUCGAGGUCGUCAAAGUUUUGGACUU